AUGGUUAAAUAUACAUCGGCUGCGGCGCGUACAUCGGGACGUAUUGCUGAGGAUACAUCGGAUAAUGGUACAUGGGCUGCUGGUAUGGAUGUGGGUAUGGCAUUAGAGGAGUACCCGCAGAACCCGCAGCAGCAGGGGUACACGCAGCAGCAGGGGUACACGCAGCAGCAGGGUACCCUCGCUGAUUAUACAUUGGUUGAUUAUUGCGUGUGGCCUGAUUGGGCACAGGAGUAUAACGCGAUGAGGUUGAUCCCCUGGGCGGUGGAGGGUGUCUCCCGCGGGCAGAUUGGUCCGUUCUCUCCGGCGGACUCUAGGACGGUUCCUGCGCUGUCUCAUGAAAUUGCGCCUCGCCUUCUGGCUGUUGAUGAGAUUGGAUGGGUAAGCCUUAUGACUGCUCCCUUGGAGCGUUAG